ACACGUUAUUUACACACCCGCCGACUCUCCGAGCGCUCAUUCAGCGUCGGUAAGAGACAAGACACGCAACUCAAACCUACAACCGAGACCAGAGGACCGAGGAGACGAGACGAGACGAGACGACACGAGAGAUGGCUUUCUGCGAUGUAUUUCCCUUAAACACGCACUGCUACUCUGGAGCGGAGGGACAACUCCUGAAUGUGUGCGAGAGAAGGUCAUGAUGAUGAUCCAAAGUGAUAUAGGUAUACAGUCAGACUGAGGAAAGAUGGACUCCAACUUAAGUAUUGCUGUAUGCUUCGGCUAUGCCAAUAAGACUGGACCAAAUGUGAAAUGUCCUUUCAACCUGGCAGAAAUGGUGCUUAUCAUUUUGGGACUGAGCACUUUGAGCUUGAUUACAGUUAUCGGCAAUGUUCUGGUCAUCGUCUCCAUCAAGGUCAAUAAGAGCCUCCAGACAGUCAAUAACUACUUCCUCUUCAGCUUAGCAUGUGCAGAUCUCAUCAUCGGUGUGUUUUCCAUGAACCUUUAUACCCUCUAUAUUGUGAUUGGCGUCUGGCCCUUAGGGCCUGUGGUCUGUGACCUGUGGUUGGCUCUGGACUACGUGGCAAGCAAUGCUUCUGUCAUGAACCUCCUUAUCAUCAGCUUUGACCGCUACUUCUGCGUUACCAAGCCACUUACCUACCCAGUCAAGAGGACGACGAGGAUGGCAGGUAUAAUGAUCGCAGCUGCCUGGAUCUUGUCUUUUGUCUUGUGGGCUCCAGCCAUUCUCUUCUGGCAGUUCAUCACUGGGGAGCGUACAGUGUCCAAAGACCAAUGUCAGAUUCAGUUCUUUUCCAAUGCUGCGGUCACUUUUGGCACGGCAAUCGCUGCAUUCUACCUGCCUGUGGUCAUUAUGAGUAUACUGUACUGGCAGAUCUCCAAGGCUAGUCGCAGCCGAAUCAGGAAGAGAAACUGCCACGAAACAUCUGGGGUGAGUCAGGGGGGCAGGACUCAGGCUGCUGUCUUGUCUGCAGAGAAAAACAGGGAGAGGGAAGAAAGCAAGGAAGCAGAGGGUUUGCAAGUACCGCACACUUCCAGCACUAUUAUAGGUGAGGACAGGGAGAGUGAAAAUGACUCCACAUCAGGCAGCCCCUUGGCCUCAUCCAAUCGGAGGGAGGAUGUCAUUUCUAACGGUGAUGCUCAGACGAAGAUUUUGCCUCAAAUAAGAGCAAUCCAUGCCAAACGUACUUGUUUAAGGUUUUCCUCCAAAGAGACCACAGAUAACAGUGCAAAUCAGAAGGCCUGCAAUCACAAGGAGAGACAGCCCCUGGUAUCCCUGAUCUUCAUGCCUCCAAACAAGAAAAGGAGGAAGAAUGGGAGCUCCAGAGAGAAGAAAGUCACAAGGACCAUCAUGGCUAUUCUUCUGGCUUUUGUGAUCACGUGGACCCCUUACAAUGUCAUGGUGUUGAUCCAUAGUUUCUGCAGCGAGGCUAUCCCAAACUCCAUGUGGGUGCUGGGCUACUUGCUCUGCUACAUUAACAGCACGGUUAACCCCGCCUGCUACGCCCUGUGCAAUGCCACCUUCAAGAAUACCUUCAAGCAGCUGCUGUUGUGCAAGUACAAAAACAUUCGCACAGUCAGAUAAAACACGAAUGACUUCUGCAUGAAGUUAAUGAGUUCAUUGUAAGAUUUCGGUUAUAUAUAUCCAAAGCUCUUGCUGGAUCAGGUUUUUUUUUU